GGCCGCUUCCUGUUCCACGUGGAGGCCCGAUGGCGGCGGGGGGCUCGCUGGCGGGGGGCGGCGGCGGCCUGGAGGAGGCGAGCCUGCUGGCCUGGCUGUUCCGGGGCGGGUCUCCGGGGCCGCCGCCGCCGUCGGGGGGGGAGGCGGAGCUGCCGGCCUACCUGGCGGAGCUGUCGGGGCUGGGCGUGGAGGCGCUGCGGAGGGAGCCGGGCCGGCUGGCGGAGGACCGGGCGCAGCUGGGGGCGCAGACGCGGGCCUUGGCCUUCGCCCACUACAAGACCUUCAUCCGCUCGGCCGAGUGCACGGCCGGCACCCGCCGCGGCUUCGCGGGCAUCGAGCGGGGCCUCGACCGCCUCCUGGGCCGCCUGGCGCCCUUCGCCCAGACCUGCCGGACCUUCUCCCGCGAGGCCGAGCAGAUCGCCCAGAGCCGCCGCAUGAACAGCCUGACGCUGAGCCGCCACACCGAGAUCCUGGAGGUGCUCGAGAUCCCGCAGCUCAUGGACACCUGCGUGCGCAACGGCUACCACGAGGAGGCCCUGGCCCUGGUGGCCCACGCCCGCCGCCUGCACAAGAAGCACCCCGACCUCCCCGUCAUCCAGGGUAUAGUGGCAGAGGUGCGUCAGUCAACGCAGCUCAUGCUGGCCCAGCUGAUCCAGCAGCUGCGCACUAACAUCCAGCUGCCAGCCUGCUUGCGGCUCAUUGGUUACUUGCGCUGCAUGGACGUUUUUACGGAGGCUGAGUUACGCAUCACAUUCCUGCAGGCACGGGACGUCUGGUUGCGCUCCAUUCUCGCUGCAAUCCCAGACAGUGAUCCCUAUGUACACAUCACCAAGACCAUCGAGGCAUGCCGCGUCCACCUCUUUGACAUUGUCACACAGUACCGGGCCAUUUUUGCAGAUGAAGAGCCGCUCAUGCCUUCCUCUGGGCAGGGUGCCCUUAACGAAAGCGCCAUCUUCCACGGCUGGGUUUUGCAGAAGGUUUCCCAGUUUCUGCAGGUCUUAGAGAGUGACUUGCAGCGCGGAGUGGGUGGGCGGCUGGACUCUCUCCUUGGCCAGUGCAUGUACUUUGGCCUGUCCUUUAGUCGUGUGGGAGCAGACUUCCGGGGCCAGCUGGCCCCCAUUUUUCAACGAGUGGCCCUGCAAACCUUUCAGAAAGCCGUUCAGGAGGCUUUGAACAAAUUCCAGGAGGAAAUGAACUCAUACACACUGAUCUCUGUGCCUGCUGUCCUGGGCAGCACAGUCCCUAUGGCUGUGCCAACUGCCCAACCAGCCACACUCCAGCCUCCAAUGGUGCUUCUGGACUUCCCCCCGCUUGCCUGCUUCCUCAAUAACAUCCUGGUGGCCUUCAAUGACCUGCGUCUUUGCUGCCCGGUGGCUCUUGCUCAAGACGUGGCAGCUGCCCUGGAGAAUGCGCUGUGCCAGGUGACCAAGAUCAUCGUAGCCUUCCACCGGGCGGAGGAGGUGGCUUUCAGCAGCCGAGAGCAGGAACUGUUUGUUCAGUUCUGCAUGACGUUUCUGGAAGAUUUGGUGCCCUAUCUCAACCGGUGCCUCCAGCUGCUCUUUCCACCAGCCCAGAUUGCACAGACCCUGGGUGUUCCCACUACUCAGUUGCAGAAAUACGGUAACUUUGGCUGUGUGGAUGAGAAUGUCAUCCUGGAGCUCCUGGCCCCGAUUCUGCCUGACAGAGAGACAGCCUUUCCCUUGGACAAGGAGGAUGGGCCGGGUCAGGAAAGCCCAGCACCUCCUGUGGAUUUGCAGCGCCCUGUGUCGGCACCCGAAGUGGCACGCAGCUCCCCAACUCCAGAAGCAGACAGUGGUCACCAGGCCUCUGGGGACACCAGCCAGGUCAGAGCCUCUCCUGCCCCAGAAUAGUUAUUCCCAAACUGUUGCUGCUUUCUGAGCUGCUGUCGUGCACUUGGCUGCAGAGAGGAGCCAUUGGGUGCAUUGCCAGCUGUGGCCGGGACUCGGCUCCUGAGAUCCCUCCGGGCAUACAAGAAAAUGACUGGGAAGAACAAAUUUGUGUAUAAAAACAGCCUUGUGCUUGUGAGGAGGGAAGACAGAACUGGACCUCGGUAGAUAUGUCUGAGCCUGGCAUCUCUGAAUCUCAGUAAACUUCAAAUUCUGUAAACUUCAAUCUGAAUCUCAGUAAACUUCAAAGUCAUUGUGUCUUAA